CACCUUGUCUGGGUGUGUCCCUCUAAAAGCAGCAGGUACUGCAGCAGCGCCUCUAUUUGUGCUGGGAUACUUGAACCGUCCAGAUGGAUCUGUUCGCCUUGAAGUCGUUUCUGCUUUUGCUUCUUUUCACCGGACGCUGCACACCGCAGGAUAUUCUACCGGCCGGUCCAGUGAACGCAGUUUUGGGUCAUAAUGUGACUUUGACAACGCUGCUGGUUGACAAACCGAACUACGCUUUCAUAAGCUGGAGUUUCAGCGACGGGAAGGAGCAGGUGCCUGUCGCCACCGUGGGUUCACAAGGGCUGAAGCCGAACGCAGCUUAUGAGGGAAGAGUGUCCAUUAACACCACCAACGGCGCCCUGAGCCUGUCGUCCCUGAAGGCAGAGGACAGCGGGGUUUAUAGCAUCAGCAUCAUAGCGCCUGAUGGCACGACGGAUGGUGCAGAAAUCAAACUCCAAGUUCUGCAGUGUAAAGGAGAAGACAAAGUGAUGCAGCCAUCAGGAGAUGUCAUUGCUGCUGAAGGAGACACAGUUACACUGGACUGUACUUUUGAGAGCAGUUCCACAGCACAAUCUACUUUGUUCUGGUACAAACAAGAAGUGAAUGGCUUUCCGAAGUACAUUUUAAGACGUGGUUAUUCUGGAGCUGAUAAUGCUGAAGAGUUCCACAAAGACAGAUUUAAUGCUGAACUCAAAAAGACAUCAGUUCCUCUGAAUAUCCAGAAGCUUCAUCUGUCAGACUCUGCUGUGUACUACUGUGCUCUGCAGCCCACAGUGACAGGAAACAGUGAAACUCUGUACAAAAACCUUUGGAGCAAAGACAACAGAAAACCCCACAACAUCUACAUGUUAAGACGUGGUGAUUAUGGAGGUGAUGAUAAUGCUCCAGAGUUCCAGGAAGACAGAUUUGAUGCUGAAUUCAGCAAGACAUCAGUUCCUCUGAAGAUCCAGAAGCUUCAUCUGUCAGACUCUGCUGUGUACUACUGUGCUCUGCGGCCCACAGUG